CUUCGGGUGCUUCUUCUUCCUUCUCAAUGAACGGACGCCGUCCUCCCUUUCGGCCGGGCGGCCGACGCCCUCCGCCGCCGCCAGGAUUUCCGCCGUUGCAAGGCCCUCCUAUGAAUAUCGAUCCUAAUUUCAACGUGCACUCGCAGAAUAUGUAUCUCCAAAGCAUCACCAAUCCUCUUCACCAGAACUUCCAGCUCCAGCACCAGCAGAGCGUCCUUCCUCCCCCUCAAAACCCUAAUUUUCGAGCCCAUAAUCCUAAUUUCCCGGCUCAUAGUUUUGGUUUGCCCAUUCAGCAUCCGAGUAUGCUCCCUUACCAGCCUCUCUCUAGUAGCUCAGCUACCCAGCAGCCCCAUAACUCGCCCGCAGCAUUUCCGUCAAUGGCACUGCCGUCAUACCCCAGCGGUUCAGUCGAGCAGAGGCAUGGAGACUCAACCAGGGAACAGCCGUCGAUGAAUAAACCUCCAAUGGUCACUUUUGAGAGAACCCAGCCCUUUACAAUUAAACAUGAUAACCUAAGCAAGAAGAAGUUUCUCGAGAAAAUUGACCGGGCAGCGGAUAAGGCGAGGCAAGACCUUAUCGCUGCCGGGGAGAGUGUUACGUCCUGGAAGGUUUCCCAGAAUGUACUGCUGGCAUUGCAGGUUGAUUCAUGGCAAUCUUUAGGGUUCAGGAUGCAGGAGAUACCGUCUCUGAACCGGCUUAUUCUCACUGAAGGGAAGGUAAGCGCAUUCAUCCAUUGCUUUGUUGCAGUCUGGAGGGUGACAUCAUUGUACGACCUAGAAGUGGCACUGUGCCAGAAUGAGGGUGUUGAGCAGUUUGAAGAUAUUGAUUUGGGCCCUCUGUUGCAGCAUCCUCUUGUCUUGCACUAUUUUUCUGUCAAUUCUAAUGUCACUGGAGUGUUCAAGAUAACUAGGGAGGACAUAAUUGCUGACCUUCAUGAGUUCAUGCAUUCCCAUGGAAAGAAACAAAUUAACAUUGAUGAAUUUCUAGAUUUCGUCGUUGAGAAGCGAUCUAUUGUGGAAAAAGAAAAGCUUGGAGUCCGUAUUCAGAACUUGGGGAUGUAUAUCUCUUUUAUCCGGGAUGCCAAGAGGUCUGAAGACGAGUCAUUGAAGGGAUGGAAAAUAGAUUUUGCAAGGAACUUUGAUAGUAAAAGUAGAAAGCAGCCUCCUCCUAUCAACCAUAAAGACUUGGAUGAGCGUUUUUCCUCUAUAUGUCAGCGGAUUGAAACAUUUUCAUCUGCACAAAAUCUGUUCCGUGGGAAGCACAUUCGCUUUGGCUCAUCAAGCUCCGAGGAUGAAGAAAGUGAUAGUGGUUCAGGUAAAGAUGAAAUGACGCCAAAUAGGCACAAUACCGAUAUGAAGAUACCACUACAAAAUUUCAGUGGCUCCAUUCGUAAGAAUAGUUGUCCUUAUCCAUCUGCAACUGAAGAGAGGUCGCGACUGGGGUUGAAAGAUGAUGCUGGUCCCCUGUCUUCUCAUGACGGUGAGAGAAAACACAGUGGGCUGGGAAAUAAAAGAAAACUCAUGAUGGAAAAAGGCACUGUGUCCGCACCUUCGAAAUUUCGUAAAGUUGACAAGGUAAAACAAAACGAUAUUGCGGAUUCUAGUACGCCGGAUGAAGAUUCUGCUCUAUUAUCUGAUAGCUCCAUGAAAAAUUUCAUUACAACAUGGAAGGGGGACUGUAAGGAGCACACUUUAGUCAAGGUUCUUGAAAAGAUGUUUGAGUUCUAUGUUCCAGAAAACUGCAGGAAAGAAGUCAAGUCGACAAUUUUGUCUCAGCCUUUCAUUGGAUUGUUGAAUGUUGCUAUAUCAUCUAUGAAACUUGGAAUGUGGGAUAGCAUUUAUGACACUUUUCUAGGAAUUACUCAACCAGAAAUGCAGGGACAUGAAAGCAUUAAUGUUGAAGCAGAAGAACAGUACAUAUGUAUUGACGUUGAAGUAGAAGGAAAUCACGCACUUGUUAAGUCUGAGCAGAAUCAGCAAACCAUGAAAACAGGUGUGUCGGUCCAAGACAUUGUUGGAAAAAUGUCUAAUUACUGCGAGCUUGAUCACGAGUUCUGGAACACCAGCAAGUCGAACUUGGAAAAUAUAUUUAUCCUUCUGCAAAAGCUUUGCUGUUGUGAGCGUUGGUUGGUUGAUCAGUUUGGCAUUAAAGAAUUUGACACCCUCGGCCAUGGUGAGUUCAUUGUUUUCUUGGAGAACCAUAUAUCCCUCUUACCGGCUGAGUUCCGGAAUCUUUUGGUUCGUGAACUAUGUGGAGGCCCUUCACUGGAAGUUCGCAUUCUCCAGGAUCAGUUGAUUCUGUUAGUUGCGCAAGCUUAUACUAAUUUGUGGGAGAAUGAAACCAUUACGAAACAGAUGAUUACUGCAAUGCUUUCAAGGCAAUUUCCGUCACUCAGUGCCAAUGUUACUGGAGACUGUUCUAGUGAACGUUUUCUAGGUAUUGUGGAGAAACAUAAGAGCAGCGCUUUAUCCAAGAGCAUCUUGUUUUCUGCAACAUUGUUGGGAACACAUCAUAUUGGUGAUCAGUUGGGUCACAAUGAAAGUGACAGAUUAUCAACCUCUGGCCGUGAGGAGACAUCACUUUUGUCUGUAACAUCCAAGGCUGCUGUUGACGUUCUACUUCAAGCUCCCAUGUUAUCUGAUUUAAAUUUGUGGUCUCACUGGGACCUGAAGUUUGCUCCAUCUCUCGGCCCUCUCCAAGAAUUUUUGGCCAAUGAAGUAAAUACCAGAGAACUGAUAUGUCUUGUCACAAAAGAUGGAAAGGUGAUUAGACUGCAUCAUUCUGCUACAGCAGAUGCAUUCUUGGAAGCUGCUGUUAAGGGAUCUCCUCUCCAGACUGCUGUGGAACUUCUUUCUUUCUUCUCACUGACCGGUGGCGAGAAGCAUGUUCCUUUGUCCCUUCUCAAAUCCUAUGCGUGCGAUGCAUUUGGUGUCAUCCUGAAUGAUGCAUCAGAUAGUGUGGACGUUCAGGGAUAUGCAACUAACCAAGCGAUUGCCAUGACUGGAUUGAAGGAUCUGAACUUUCCACUUUCUGUUGCUUCAAGGUUUUUCCUUGACUGCAUUGGUUACGUGCCUGCAGAGUUCCGUGGUUUUGUAGCUGAUGUCUUACUUGCUGGAAUGCAGUCUGUAACUUCUGAUGCCUCAUCAGUUAUUUUGCUUGAAUGCAAAGGAGCAGAGCGUCUCAUGGUUCAUGAAAUAGGACUGUCCAUUGACAUAGCAGAAUGGAUAAAAGAUUACCAUGAAUUUACUGUUGAUUCCAGUUACUCAUCC